GAGAGAAAGAGAGAAAGAGAGAAAGAGAGAGCGGGAGAAAAAUGGAAAAGCCCAUGGUCGGUCAACUUUAUACGGCUGGAUCGACGCCCGAGCUGCUUAUCUUUGCGAAACAUCGUAAAGCGCUGUUUCGGAAGUCGGAUAUAGAUAUAGAUAUUUCUACUUUUGAGCACGACUGAUUUUCCACGAUUCGGCUGUAUCGUUCGAACCGACUAUACAUCGGUAUGUUUUUUAACGUGCAUUUUAUAGAAGUUGGAAUUUAUCGCAGGAAGGAAGAGGAACGAUAAACGAUUUCGCGAAUAGCUUGCCGUACCGUGUAGAGAUAGAAAGGAAUGCGUGGUAAGGGUGGUAACGCGAUUGCAGCAAACCGAUAGUUUCGUUUGAAACUGGGAAAUUCAGAGGCGCGUUUGGAUACCGAGGAAAGGAAGAAUGAACGCGAAUGGAAGAGGCGAAAGAGUCGGGGAUACGCUUAAACGCUUAGGCCAUGUCAGCAGCCAGUUGGUUACGCAAUCGCGUGGCGCAUCGAUAGAGCGGAUAAAAAUCGGAAUUACGGCAGCGCGUAUCGUACCGCACAAGCAUCGUUACGUUUACGUAUAAAAGCGAAAUGAUAAAAACGACGCGACUCGAGACAUCGCAUCUGAAACGGGUGAAAAGGGCAUCUGCCAGUCACAACAUACCGAACACGCUCGCGCGAUAAAUUCGAAUCGGCAUCGGUCGCGUCUCGUUACGUUACGUUUCGCGACGCGUAUCGCGAUCCGUCCUAUCGUUGCACGAUUUCAGAUCGAUCGAGUUAUUUCCGUUGGAUCGAAUGGAAUGGAAUGUCCGAAAGCCGAUGGUGAAUUCUCUUGCGAGAAAUUCCGGCGUCUUUCGUUCUGCUUAUUCUUUCCCUUUCUCGUAUCGCGCGCGCGAGAAACGUUUUACGACGCGUCGCAAUGUUAACCCGACGGUGAUACGGUUGAUCGUUGGAGAUUUUUCUCGUCUACCACCGAUAAGCGAUAGUAUACGCUGGUUCGUAGGAACGUAGUAGUUCCUUCGCUGCAACUCGGCGCGAUUUCAUCUGGUGGAUGGUCUGGUCGAAAUUACCGCGCCGCGGCCGGAUGUCACGUGUCGAUGUCGCGAAUCCAGACGUUGUUCGAACGAAGCAACCGAAGAAAGAAAAUAGAAAAGGCGAAAAGAGAAGAAGGAAAGGGAGACGAGAGAAACGGGGGAGGUGAAAGGCGAUGACGGGAUCGGUGCGGGGCUGGUGCAAACAGGGAAACACGAUCGCGUUUCUCGAUCGCGGAGAAAAAUGAGGAGCGUGGAUCGCUGGAGGAUUCGAGAAAUGUCCCAAGUUUGGUGGCAAACGAUAGGGUCAUCGCGCCGCCAUAGCGAGGUUAUCGAUGAAUCGAGAAAAGGUGGGGAGAUUUUUGUACGUCGUGGUCGUCGUGGUCGUCGUGGUCGUUCCGCGGAACUCAGUAGAGCGUCGAAAAGGCGCGGAAAACGGACAGAAGAGGAACAACGGAAGAGGAGGAAAGAACACGCGGGAAGUUGCUCGCUCGUGGAACGUUCAUCGGGAUCCAGAGAUAUUUCGAAGGAAGCGCACACACACACACACACACACGCGCGCAUCUAUACGGACGCAUCUAAUUGUACGCGUGCAUAGGUGUAUGCGUGUGUGUGCGCGCGCGUGCCUGCGUGCGUGUUUAUACGUAUAAUCGGAGAGAAUCGAAGAGAAUCGAAGAGAAUCGAAGAGAAUCAAGGUGUAAUCGUGACUGGAGAGACGAAAGAACGUGCAAUCGGAAGAAUGGAGAAGAAAAGUAUAGCGCGGGCGAUUCGAAAAAGUUUGGGCGUAAGAACGCAAAGGCAGCGAACGUUUUGGUCGUACGGGUUCCUCGCGUUGCUCAGUAUCGCGAUAUUCGUACUGUUUUGGUGCACGAACGUGUUCCGUGACGCGAUUCUGUCAAAUCUGGCGCUACGAAACGGUACACCGUCCUUCUCGCUGUGGCAACGGCCACCGGUCGGCCUCGAAAUCAAGGUCUACGUUUUCAAUUACACGAACGUGCGCGAGUUCGAGAACGGUACCGCGAGCAAGUUGAAGGUGCAAGAGGUCGGACCGUUCGUUUAUCGGGAAACUUUGAGCCGAGUGAACGUGCAACUGCACGAGAAUCAGACGGUCACGUAUCAAGAGAAGAGGAGCUUUCGAUGGAUCUCCGGGAAAUCGGAGAACGAAAGGGUGAUCGUACCGAACGUAUCGCUCAUUUCCACGCUUGCCUAUUCCCGAAAUCUCGUCUAUCUGCUGCGAAUCUGGCUCACGAUAUUUCUCUCCAAGAUACGCGCGGAACCGUUUCUCGAAUUGCCGGUCGGCCAAUACCUAUGGGGAUACGAGGACGAGCUGUUCGAGAUGGCCAAGCGAUUCGCGCUGUUGGAGCAACCCGUGUCCAACGAUAAAUUCGGAAUUCUCGCAUUCAAAGAUGGCUUGAACCCGGAUCGCAUCACGGUACACACGGGGACCGACGAUCUUCGAAAUCUCGGGAUGAUUCAACGAAUCAACGGCCUGGAGAAUCAUAAAAUCUGGGGCGACGAGAAAUGCGAUCGGAUUUACGGUACCGAUGGUAGCAUAUUUCCACCGCACUGGAUCCAACGAGCAAACUCCACCAUCUAUGUCUACGCUAAGGACUUUUGCAGACAAUUGCCAUUUCGUUACGAUCGUCGCCACUUCUCCGACGGUAUACCUACUUUAAGGUACAAAUUACCGAGCAACGUUUUUACAUCGCCACGCAACAAAGACUCGUGUUUUUGCCCGAAGGAAUCGUACGAUUCGAUCAACGUGAGAAGAUGCCCCCCAGUCGGAACGUUCAACCUUUCAGCUUGCAAAUUCGGGACACCGGUGCUCGUUUCUUUCCCUCAUUUUUACUCGGGAGAAGAGUCGCUUUUCGAGAAAAUCGACGGGCUGAUGCCACGACAAGAACAUCACGAAAGCUACAUCGAUCUUCAUCCGCGUUUAGGCGUCACAGUUGGCACCGGUUUGAGAUUUCAACUGAAUCUCGAGGUACGAAAAGCGGUCGGCGUGCCCUUUUCCGGAAACCUCCAAGACGGUUCGAUCCUACCUUUGAUCUGGCUGGACGUCGGACUGGACGAUAUGCCCGAAUCGAUCCAACAGAUCUUAUAUCGCAGUCAUUACCUAGCCAACGCCAUAGAAGCUGGAUUCCAAUGGUGUAGUCUGGUCGGUGCGGUUAUCUCGUUCGGCGCUCUUUUCGCCGUCCUAAAAAAAGACGACCAAUCGAUCGAUGCAAAGUCGGAUUCCUCGAAACGUCAUCGAUCCGUCACCGAUCGAACCGAACUCGAUCCACUCUGAGCAACGAUCCAUCCACGCGCAACCUGAUUUUCAUCCGUUUCGUUUCUUGUCGCUUUUAACAAGAAUACAACGCGUCAACCAGUUAUCGGAUCGUAUCUUUGCCUAUUCGCUUACCUCUUUUCUCUCUCUCUCUCUCCCUCCCCCCCCCUUUUUUUCUCUCAUUUUUUUCUUCUCCUUUUUUCGUCGCCGUUUCGUCACGGAAAAAUGCAGCGAAAAAUGCAGCGAAAAAUGCAGCGAAAAAUAGUUUACGCGCAGGGAUAUAAAUAUCGAUCGCGUGACUAUGGAACGCGAUUCCGAUUAUACGCGAUAGAUGGAUCGUACGAGCAUCGUUAUAUACCUGAUUCACGUGCGGUCGAUUGCGCCGUAUUCGUGAUAACGAUAUGCAAGGAUACACGCAUACGUGGACACGCGCGUGUGUAUUCCGUACAAUCGUCAGCGAUCUUAGGAAGAAAAAUCGCAACGUCUGCGCGCAAAUGCAAACAAACGCAAACAAACGCAAAAGCUACAGGGUGACAGGUCAGCGUUGCAACCACGAGGUAUGUUGUCGUUGCGUAGAAAUAGUAGUAGAAGCAGCAACGAUAGUAGUCGCGAUAGUAUACGCGUUUCGCGUUGCCUUUCUCCGCACACGACACACAUCGAUAACCUAGGUCGCAUCGAACGACAUCUUCGAAGAAGCGAGAUAACAGAUUCUGGUCUCGUAAACAUUUUCGAUUGCUCGUAAAAUCAAACAGCGAUUAGACUCGACGUACACAAUUUUAUUAUUAAUUUCCCCGACAUGGUUCGAAAUCAUCUCGAAUCGAUCAGAUUUCAAAUCUAUUUGGCUACUUUUUAUUUUCGCUUCUUCCUCCACCUCCUGUUCGUACCACCUCUUCUAACCACCUCCUCUACACCCUCGCUAUCCCCCCCUCACCUUUACCUCCCGUGCCGCUUCUCUUGCCCGUUCUUCACCUGCACCGUCAUAUCUUUCACCUCCGUCACCGGCCCCUCUCACCCUUUCCCCUGACUUUUCAUCGUAAAAAACUAAAUUCAUCUAAAAACCUAACCGUAGGCUAUCCUGAAGUAACGCGUUUACAACGAAAUACAUAUAAACGAAGAUAUAAUGAAUAACAAUAAAAUCUCGAUCGCCGUCAGGUUCGUCAAAGUCCGAGGACGACGACUAUGACUUCGUACCGGGUCUCGCGCAACCGAUCGAGAAUCCGCUGGACGGAAUAAUAUUUUUAUGCACGGCCAAGAGAGGCGAGAGUGUCCCUCGAUAGCCGAUACGUGCACGCUCCUCGAUCAUCCAUCAUCGACCAUCGAUGAGUAAUCGCGACCUCGUCGAACCGCGAAAAACUCGUUUCGCGGAUACAAAAUUCCUCGCGUAUAAUACCUGUCGCGUCGUCUCCUCGCCAUUUCUCGCUUCGUUCCUUCUUCCUUUCGUUACCUCUCUAUGCGCGCAUCCGUAAACUCGCAUGCUCGAUACCUUGCUCUCAUAGCUUUGCGCGCAGCAUCUCGACCACCAGUGUCUCGCGCGGAUAGUAAAAGCGCGAACGAAAGAAGAAGAAGAAGAAGAAGAAACGCCGAGUACCUGAUCGGUAUGUACAAAGAAAACGCGUGAAAGUCCUCGUAAAAGGCGAACGGUUAUCGUUACGCGAUACGAGAAAUUCUCCUACCUCCCUCGGCGCCCGCUUCGUUUCCGACAUUUCUCCGCGUAUUUCCUAUUCUUAAGGCAGUAUAACGACGGUGACGCGCGCAACAAUGUCGGCGAAUGAUAACGACGACGAUAAUAACAAUCGUGAUUCGCAAACGCAAUGAUCGUGUUCGUUUCUUCCUUGCUCGGCCUAAUCGUAUCUCGCUCUCACUCUCUCUUUCCAAA